AGAGGUGCGAUGUCCGAGAAAAAGCAGCCAUUAGACUUGGGUCUCCUGGAGGAGGAGGACGAGUUCGAGGAGUUUCCUGCCGAAGAUUGGGCUGGUUUGGAUGAAGAUGAAGAUGCACAUGUCUGGGAGGAUAACUGGGAUGAUGACAAUGUAGAAGGUGACUUCUCCAAUCAGUUAAGAGCUGAACUAGAGAAACAUGGUUAUAAGAUGGAGACUUCAUAGCAUCUAGGAGAAGUAUUGAAGUAAACUUUUAACUGUACACUAAAUUCUAGAACAGAUACCAGGAUGGGAUAUUUCUAAAAAUAUGCAUAUUUCAUUAUCUGCUUGGAUUUGUUUUUGUAACAAAAAAUAAACAUUUCGAUGUAA